AUGCAGUCCUCAGGGGACACGCCUGGCAAAGAUGCCAAUCCCGACUUGGCCCCAACGGACGAUUUGGACACCCUGAAGUACCAACUACUGGGUCCGUCUCUUACAAAGGCGGGCCAAGACUCAGUCGAUCAGCAGAAGGUAUCAGAAGUCAUCUAUAACGCCUCCAAGGGAUCUAAAUUCUUCAACCAUGAGCAAGAACGGGAUCGCAAUAUUACAGUUAAAAUUGAGCGGAUUUUGAAACAAAAAGCUCAUCUAGAGAAGUUAGAUCUCAGCCAUGAUCUACGGAGAGCCGACGAAUAUCUUGCGGAGUUAGAGCUCAGCCGUGAUCUGUCUCAGCACAUCAUCCAUGUGGACUGCGACGCAUUCUUUGCCGCCGUCGAAGAGCUAGACCGGCCUGAGUUGAAGACAGUCCCUAUGGCAGUUGGCAAGGGUGUUCUAACGACCUGCAAUUAUGUGGCCAGGAAAUUCGGCAUCCGAAGUGGGAUGGCUUCAUUCGUGGCCUUGAAGCUCUGUCCGCAGCUUGUUUUGUUGCCCCAGAACUACGAGAAGUACACGGAAAAGGCAAAGGAAAUACGUGCCAUCAUGGCGGAAUAUGAUCCGCUCUUCGAGAGUGCAAGUAUCGAUGAGGCCUAUCUGAAUAUCACAGCAUACUGCGAGGAAAACCAGCUUGACCCAGAAGAGGCUGUCCAACGAAUGCGAGCGCAGAUUUUGGAGUCGACCAAGGUCUCUGUGUCUGCAGGAAUCGCCGCCAAUGCCAAAAUCGCAAAGAUCUCCUCAAAUAUCAAUAAGCCAAACGGCCAGUUUCACGUCCCAAAUGCGCGGGCUGCAAUCAUGGAGUUCAUGAGCCAGUUACCGGUGCGCAAAGUGAAUGGAGUUGGCCGAGUCUUUGAGCGUGAGCUCGAAUCUAUAGGCGUGAAAAAAUGUGGUGACAUCUUUCCGCAGCGAGCCUUCUUGACCAAGUUAUUCGGCGCAAAGGCCUUUCAAUUUUUAGCGCAAUGCUAUCUGGGUCUAGGGCGCACGAAGAUUGAGCCGGUUGAAAACCAUGAACGGAAAAGUGUGAGCACUGAGACCACCUUUCACGAACUUGGAAACAAGGAAGAGCUUCGAGCGAAACUAUGGUGGGCUGCGCAGGAGCUUGAGAAAGACCUUGCUCGGACACAGUUCAAAGGGCGCACGCUGGCGCUCAAGGUCAAACUUCAUACCUUUGAAGUGCUAACCCGCCAGACGGCCCCAUCUCGUACCGUUUCUCGGGCCAAGGAUCUAUACUCGUUUGCACUCCCUAUGUUAACCAAACUCGAGAAGGAAAUCCCGGGUAUGAAAUUACGACUUCUUGGUUUACGGUGUUCAAAUUUGGUCAGCACCCAGAAGCUUGGAGUCAACUUCUUUGGCGUGGUCCCAAAUCCUCAGCCUGCCCUCAAGGCCGCUGAUGAAACACCUGCCGAUGCAGAGUCAAAUCAUGAUAUCGACGCCGAGGAGGCUUUUGAGACAGCGGCUCGCCAGGAGGUUCAAGAAGACAUGAAUGACUUGGAGCAGUUGAGCCAGGACAUCCCUCAAGUGCCUGCGACUAUUCAGCCAGAGGAGCCCGUGGUCACAGAGCCGCCUCUAUGGGACUGUCCAAUAUGUGGUCGACCUCAGAUUUCGGAUGACCGGACAUUCAAUGAACAUGUGGAUUUCUGCCUCUCGAAGCAAACCAUUCGCGAGGCGGUGCAAGACACCGAGGAAGCAGAGGCUCAUGUAUACCCAUCGGCUAGCAGGAAACGAAGAGUGCCCUCUCAACUGGGGGCAGCAGAAGGGGACCCAAAGCAAAAGCGGCUAUUUUUCCAAUGA